GGUUAGAACUUUGCAGAGUCCGGGAUGUGCGGGGCGAGGCCGCUGAGGACUUGAUUCAUCUUCUCUACCCUUCUCCCCUACUCCCCAUCCACUGGGCUCCAGGCCUCCAGCUGUCAGUCCCCGAUUUCGUGGCAAGGUGUGGCGACCCCGAUUUCUGUUUGCAAGCACAGCCAGCAGCCCAAGAGCCAGGUCCCAAGGCUGGAUAUCUUUUGCCUCGGCUGCUAGCCCGGGCCUCAGAGUCUUGAGUGCAGGAGACUGAGCGGAGGCCGGAGCCAAGCUCAGGGCGCCAUGGCCGACCGGCCGGCGGCGGGUCCGGCGGCCGGAGACUGGGAGAUCGACGUGGAGAGCCUGGAGCUGGAGGAGGACGGCCGCGGGCCGCCGCCGCCGCCUACGCCGCCCGGGCCCAGCCCGCCGUCGGCCGACGGGGAUGGCGAGGACGACGAGGACGAGGACGAGGACGCGGAGGCGCAGGCCUCCCCGGCGCCGGCCGGGCUUCCGGAGCGCGGCGCAAACGCGAACGCUGGCGGCGGCGCGGAGCCGCGCAAGCUCAGCCGCACGCCCAAGUGCGCGCGCUGCCGCAACCACGGCGUGGUGUCCUGCCUCAAGGGCCACAAGCGCUUCUGCCGCUGGCGCGACUGCCAGUGCGCCAACUGCCUGCUGGUGGUGGAGCGCCAGCGCGUCAUGGCCGCCCAGGUGGCGCUCCGGAGGCAGCAGGCCACCGAGGACAAGAAGGGGCUUCCCGGGAAACAGAAUAAUUUCGAACGCAAAGCCGUGUAUCAGAGGCAAGUCAGGGCACCCAGUUUGCUGGCCAAAAGCAUUUUAGAAGGCUACCGCCCCAUUCCAGCCGAGAGUUAUGUGGGAGGGAGCUUACCCCUACCUCCCCCGGUAAGUGACCGGAUGCGGAAAAGGCGGGCCUUUGCUGAUAAAGAGUUGGAGAACAUUAUGCUGGAGAGAGAAUACAAAGAGAGGGAGAUGCUGGAAGCGUCCCAAGCUGCUGCCUUGUUCCUGCCCAACCGCAUGGUGCACGGACCUGAAUAUAACUCUUACAAAAGUGCCUAUAGCCCCACCCCAGUGGAACCGCCAAACAAAGACUUCUGCAGCUUUCUGCCCACCUGCCUUGAUCUAACCAUGCAGUAUUCAGGGUCUGGGAAUAUGGAACUCAUUUCUUCCAAUGUCAGUGUGGCCACGACUUACAGACAGUAUCCCUUGUCCUCGAGAUUUUUAGUUUGGCCCAAGUGUGGCCCCAUCAGUGACACUCUUCUCUAUCAGCAAUGCCUGCUGAACACCACCACCUCCGUUCAAGCCCUGAAACCUGAGGCCAGUUGGGACUUGAAGGGGGUGCGAGUCCAGGAUGGACUUGUGGCAGAACAAGACAUGAUGCCCACCAAACUAGAAGGCUCACUGCUGCUGCCUCAUGCUCCGGAGGUCCAGGCCUCAAGAAGUGACCUUCAGGGUCACCAGACCGUCCCCGAGAGGUCUGCAUUCUCCCCACCCAGACGGAAUUUCUCUCCCAUUGUUGACACGGACUCCCUGGCAGCUCAAGGGCACAUCUUAACCAAGAUCAGCAAAGAAAGCACCAGGCACCCUCUGCCACUUAAGCAUAAUCCAUUCCACUCAUUAUUCCAGCAAACUCUUAAUGACAAACCUGGUCCUGAGUUGAAAACACCAUUUGUCAAAGAGGCCUUUGAAGAGGUCCCUAAGAAACACAGAGAGUGUUUAGUCAAGGAGAACCAGAAGUACACAUUUACAAUAGACAGAUAUGCCAAAGACCUUUUCGUAGCCAAACAAGUUGGAACAAAACUCUCUGUGAAUGAACCGCUGUCAUUUUCUGUUGAGUCUAUUCUUAAGAGGCCUUCAUCUGCCAUCACUCACGUCUCUCAGUGAAAGGCUGCUUACCCGGAAAGCUGGAAUUUCUGCCAUCUCAGAGGGUCCUUAUCAGUUGCUAAUUUUUUUUUUUAAGAAAAAAAGCUAAGAUGUUUGUAUAAAGAAAUUUCUAAUGUAAAUGGUGAUGAUUUAAAAAAUUAUAUCUAUUCAUAUGCAUGUACUUUUUCUCACAUAAGUAUAUUUAAAGAUGGAAAUUGCUUAUGUGCAAAAUGUAAAGUUCCAUACUUUACACAGCAUUUCAAAAAGCAAUAAAGUUGACACUGUCUUCUAAAAGACCCAGUAUUUGCAGAAGCACCUAGUUGUCUCUGUCUAGAUGA